AUUGUGUGACUAAUGCAGAUACAGCAACAGGGUUUGUAUAUAAGGCGGACACUACAUUUUAUUCCACAGCACUGAGAACUCAUCCAACAUACUCAUAAUGGGCAAGAUUAUCUUUUACGAGGACAGAAACUUCCAGGGCCGCUCCUAUGAGUGCAGUUCUGAUUGCUCUGACCUUCACUCGUUCUUCAGCCGAUGCAAUUCUAUUCGUGUUGAGAAUGGCAACUGGAUGCUCUAUGAACGUCCCAACUACUCGGGUCAUCAGUAUUACCUAAGGAGAGGCGAAUACCCUGAUUUUCAGCAGUGGAUGGGUUUUAAUGAUUCCAUUAGAUCCUGUCGCAUUAUACCUCAGCACCGUGGAUCCUUUGGGCUGAGGAUCUAUGAAAGGGAAGAUUUCAGAGGUCAGAUGAUGGAGUUCACUGAAGACUGUCCAGAUGUGAGUGAGCGAUUUAAUUAUCAAGACAUCCACUCCUGCAAUGUGCUUGAGGGACACUGGGUCUUCUAUGAACAACCUAAUUUCAGAGGACGUCAGUACUACCUCAGACCUGGAGAAUACAGAAGAUACACUGAGUGGGGAGCUGUCACUCCUAGAGUUUGCUCCUUCAGAAGAGUCCAUGAAUUAUAUUAAAAAAUAUGUGCAUGAAAGGAUCAUGAUACUCCUGCUUCCAAUGCAACAAUAAAUGUGAUAUAAAAAUA